AUGAAGGCUGAAAUCGCGUCCAGCGUGGUUUUUGUACACGGUCUUGGUGGAGAUUACCUCGAGACUUGGAAGUCGAAGCUUGAUGAGACAGUGUGGCCCAAAGACCUCCUUUCACAGCUUGGAAGGUUUCGAAAAGCUCGAAUCUUCUCCUUUGAUUAUGAUGCCACGGCUUUCUUGACCCCUUUCGAGAAGGAGACAAAGGGAUCGACCUUCCAGUUUGCCGAGUCUCUGUUAGACACCCUGGCGGACUCUCGUCUUGGUCCUGCAGCGAAAACCCGUCCAAUUGUUUUUGUUGGACACUCACUCGGCGGCAUUGUCAUCAAAGCAGCUCUGAGACACGCAAAGCUGCUUUCAAGUCAGUUCGGUGACAUCCUAAGCUACACCAAAGCGAUAGUGUUCUUCGGUACGCCUCAUCAAGGUGCAGACGCAGCAGCCUGGGCGGUGUUGCUGGGCGAGAUUGGAAGCUGGGUGCGGCUGCGGAACACUGAGGUGGUUGAGGAGUUGAAGCGGUGGUCCGAUCCCCUAGUCCAGCUGACCAGGCAAUUCAAGGAGAUCCCAAGCCUCUACGGGAUCCAUAUCACGUCUUUCUACGAAACUCAGGCCACUGCAAGUCUGAAAGUGAGUGGCGAUAUUGUUCCAUGUGUGUUGCUCUGCUAA